AUGUAUGGGAAACCCAUGGACCGUGAAACCCCCAUCGUCCUGGAAGCUUGCACGUGCGGGGGUGGGGCCGUGGGAAAGCCCCCAGAGGACCGAGGGGGCGGGGCCAAGGCCCUUUUUGGAGACGACGGUGUGAGGGAAGGAGGCAUCGGCGUGCAGCUGCAGCCGCCGCUGGUGCGGAUGCCCUUCGGGGACCCUCUGUCCCUGAGGGGCCGUCGCCGGCAGUCGGGCGCCCCCAGCGGGUGUCUGAGCCACACGCCGCCCCUGGCCAGCUGGCUGGUGUCCCGGCAGCACGCCACCCUCUGUCCGGCCGGCAGCUCCUGCACGCUCUGUGCCAUGCGAGCUCACGUGACCCGAGCCCUCCUUCACGCGGGAGAGGUGAUCCGGCCCCGCAAGGACCUGCUGGCGGGCUUCCACAGACACCAGCAGGAAGAUGCCCACGAGUUUCUGAUGUUCACUCUGAAUGGCAUGCAGCAAGGGUGCCUGAGUGCAUCCCAGCCGUCGGGCCACGCCUCCGAGGACACCAGCGUCGUCCGUCAGAUCUUCGGCGGGACGUGGAGGUCUCGGAUCCAGUGUCUCCACUGCCUCGGUGUCUCGGACACGUUCGACCCUCAUCUGGACGUCAGCCUGGAUAUCACGGCGGCUCAGAGUGUGGAGCAAGCUCUGAGAGAGCUGGUCAAGCCCGAGAAGCUGGAGGCGGAAAAUGCCUAUGACUGUGGCGUUUGUCUCCGGAAGGUGCCUGCCACCAAGAGGUUGACUUUGCACAGCACGUCCCAGGUCCUGGUGCUGGUGCUGAAGCGGUUCACACAGCUGAGCGGGGCCAAAAGGGGCUCAGGAGGUGCGCUAUCCCAGCGCCUGGACGUGCAGCCCUACACGUCUGAGGGGAAGGCAGGGCCACUGGGCUACGUGCUCUAUGCCGUGCUGGUGCACUCCGGGUGGAGCUGUGAGCGAGGACACUACUUUUGUUACGUCCGAGCCGGCAACGGCCAAUGGUAUAAGAUGGACGAUGCCAAGGUGACCGCCUGUGACGAGACUGCUGCCCUGAGCCAGAGCGCCUACGUCCUGUUCUACGCCCGGGAGGGUGCGUGGGAAGGGGGCGCUGGGGGAGGGGCAGCGGCCCCCCUCGGGGCUGACCCCGCAGACCCCGGGCAGCCUGCAGGAGACGCCAGCGGCAGAGCUCCUGGGUCGCAGGAGUCCCCGGGGGACACAGAGGCCGAAGGGAUGAGCUUAGAGCAGUGGAGACGCCUGCAAGAACACAACCGACCGAAGCCGGCCUUGGAGCUGCGCAAGAUCCAGGCUGCCCUGCCUGCCGGCGCAGUCGUGAUUCACCGGUCCAGACCCGGAGGAGGGAGAAACCGCCCGCCGCCCGCGCCGCCCGCACAGGAGCACCACCGGCUCGGACCGGCCCAGCACGGACACCCCGCCUCCGGGGCCGACGGACGUCGGCCACGGCCUUGUGCCAGCGGGAGGGCCAGAGCGACCAAGGGGAGGAACAAGAAGCCGCGGCCAUCUCUGGGGCUGUGGCGGUAG